UCUCUCUCUCUCUCUCUCUCUCUCUCUCUCUCUCUCUAUUUAUAUAUAUAUAUAUACACGCACAAGUUCUUUAACCCCUCCAACAACUUUUUCAUAGAAGCAUAAUUGAGAUCGUCGAGAGUCUUCGUCCGAUAAUUCAUCGAUAGAUCAGUUUCUAAAGCAGAGCUUUGGGUAGAAAACAACAAUGGAAGGAUUCACGGCGUUUUUCGAAUCGGCAUCGUCUUCUCGUAACCGUUGGACUUACGAUUCUCUUAAGAACUUCCGCCAGAUCUCUCCUGUCGUGCAAAAUCAUCUCAAACAGGUUUAUCUCUCCCUAUGUUGCGCUCUGAUUGCGUCAGCUGCUGGGGUUUAUCUACACAUUCUGUGGAACAUUGGUGGCCUUCUUACAACGCUUGCAUCCAUGGGAAGCAUCUUUUGGCUACUCUCUACUCCUCCAUAUGAAGAGCAAAAGAGGAUUGGGCUUCUGAUGGCAGCUGCCCUUUUUGAAGGGGUCUCCAUUGGUCCUCUGAUUGAACUGGCAAUUAACUUUGAUCCAAGCAUUCUGGUCGGUGCAUUUGUGGGAUGUGCUGUGGCCUUUGGUUGUUUCUCUGCAGCAGCCAUGUUGGCAAGGCGGAGGGAGUACCUGUACCUUGGGGCUCUUCUUUCCUCUGGUCUCUCCAUCCUUUUUUGGUUGCACUUUGCGUCCUCUAUCUUCGGGGGCUCUAUGGCCCUUUUCAAGUUUGAGUUGUACUUUGGGCUUUUGGUCUUUGUGGGAUACAUUGUAGUGGACACCCAGGAUAUAAUUGAAAAAGCACACUUCGGGGAUCUGGAUUAUGUGAAGCAUGCUCUGACUCUUUUCACCGACUUUGUUGCUGUGUUUGUCCGAAUCCUUGUCAUCAUGCUGAAGAAUUCAUCCGACAAGGAAGAGAAGAAGAAGAAAAGGAGAAACUGAAUUUGGCUCAGCAUAUCGGAACUUGUCUGACCCUUGAAUGGAUAGAUUAUCCCUUUUUAGUUGUCUUAAAACUGUUGCGUUGUUUUUUCCCCCCUUUUACAGAACCGAAAUGGAAUUUUAUAGAUAAUGUAAGUGAGAAUUUGUUCGCGUGUGUUUGUGUGUGGGAGGGUGAUGGUACAUAAAUGGAUUUCCUUCUGGAAGGCAUGAAAAACCUUCAAAUUUACUGAUCUUUACUAUUCUUCACAAUUGCAAUAUGUUAGUAGUAGUUCAAAAUUCAAAUGACUGUGUUUGAGUUGUGUAUAAGCAGGAUGGCCAUGGUCAUUUCCUUAUGGGGUAUUUGCUUGUACAUUACAUAAAUAAUAGAUUGCCUUUGUAUGAAAGUUACCACUCCAUGGUUCAUGGAAUAACUUCAAGCGCUCCACCUUUGGGUCG